CUUAUCUCCCAAGCGGCACAUGGUGGACCAGCACGACGCCUACGUGGUCUCCUAUGCCUAAUGGUAAUUAUAUGGCUGUACCUGAACCUGAAGCUGUACUAGGACCUGCUCAUGUAGCUGCAAGAACAUCGCCAUCAUCUUCAUCAUGGAUGAUGCAACCGGAAACCUCCAUGCAUCAGUCAGGUGUCGCACAAGCACCUCUACAACAACCGCCGUCUCCUUCGCAGCACUCGUCUUCAUCGCAAUCUUUUCCCAUUCCGCAGUCCAGUAGUCGAGGGCACCUAAUUACGCAACAUGGUGGAGGCGCUUACAACCUUCUGUCUCAAGGUCAAGCAUCUCAGGGAGGACCAUCUUCUAGUAUGGGAACAGCAAGAUCUUCCCAAGGAAUGCCACCUCCUAAGGUGGAUCCUGCUUCGGGUUCUAUGGGAGCAAGAUCUUCUCAACAACAUCAAGAGCAACCACCUCGCGAUCAUAAGCCCCAACAUUGGAAGGAUGCUCCUGAGCCAAAUAAGGCGUCUGGGUCCUCUGGAAAAUCCGACGUUCCUCCAUCAGGUGGACAAGACUACGCCAGCAGCUUGAUGUCUUCGCAGAUGACGUUAGCAAGGGAGUUGGCUAUUCUGCAG